GUCUUGUGUGAAUUCAAUGUGGAACCAAAGUGGAUGGAAAUGUUUCGUCGGAUCGAUUAUACAUGAACACUUCCUGUACUGUUGAAACUAGCAAACUCACCCUUGCACUGCAGAAGAUUUGUAUUUCAAAAUGUUCCUGACACGAUCAGAAUACGACAGAGGUGUAAACACUUUCUCUCCAGAAGGAAGGCUUUUUCAAGUAGAAUAUGCCAUUGAAGCUAUAAAGUUGGGGUCCACAGCCAUUGGCAUUCAGACAGCGGAGGGUGUGUGUCUCGCUGUGGAGAAGAGAAUAACUUCUCCUCUGAUGGAGCCCAGCAGCAUCGAAAAGAUCGUAGAGAUCGACACUCAUAUUGGUUGUGCCAUGAGUGGUUUAAUAGCUGAUGCGAAAACGCUAAUCGACAAAGCAAGAGUGGAGACGCAGAACCAUUGGUUUACCUACAAUGAGACGAUGACAGUGGAGAGUGUAACACAGGCUGUGUCUAACCUCGCUCUGCAGUUUGGAGAGGAGGAUGCUGACCCCGGCGCUAUGAGUCGUCCUUUUGGUGUCGCUCUGCUUUUUGGAGGUCUGGAUGAGAAAGGACCUCAGCUAUACCACAUGGACCCUUCAGGCACUUUUGUUCAGUGUGACGCCAGGGCGAUUGGCUCAGCAUCUGAGGGAGCUCAGAGCUCUUUGCAAGAAGUUUAUCACAAGUCCAUGACGUUAAAGGAUGCCAUCAAGUCCUCUCUUACUAUCCUGAAACAAGUGAUGGAGGAGAAACUCAAUGCCACCAACAUUGAGCUUGCCACAAUAGAGCCCGGCAAGACUUUUCACAUGUACACAAAAGAAGAACUUGAGGAUGUCAUCAAGGAUAUCUAGAGUCGAUGUAGAGGAGAAAAUCCCAUGUUAUUUUGUGUGAAUCAUCACACGGCGAUUACAACGUAAACUCGGUUUGACCUGUUCGUACAGGAAUUCAAUCUUUAUACGCUUUCUUUUUCUGUCAAUCCAAAAACUUUCUAUAGUUCUGUACAAGAACAGAUCUUGUAGUUGACUCAAAUGGGGGGCUCUUUUUGUUACGAAUCACUGCGUUAAUAAACUCUUGUUGAAAAAAAUUUAUG